AUGCCGACAUUCGGGGCACUGUUAAAGAAGAAAAAAACGCAUUCAACAGGAUCCAAGGAUACUCCUGCUUCGCCUACAGUUGCCGAAGCCUCCUCAACAUUGCCAUCCGAAAACCCCGAACUUAACCGACCGGCCGGCAGGGAAUCAAGCGACAAGGCUGGGUCGGCCGUGAACGCGAAUACAAACACCAGCAACAAUAAUAAUAGUCAUAGCAUUAAAGGCACUUCGCCUGACACUCAGAUGAACCCGGCAGCGUCGACAAAUCAGCAAUCUGCGCAAGGCGCAAACAGUUCCUCCCACCACAACAGCCACCAUCAUCACCUGCCUCAUAUUGGCAGCAUCAAGAGCAUCAUAAACCCCACCCAUGGUCAUCAUGGAACAACACAGGGUAAUGCAGACGCAAACUAUGCACAGACCUCUCAAGUUCAAGGGUCCAAAUCACAAGCCAGACAAACGAAAGGGAAAUAUUCAUUGGAAGAUUUCUCACUCCAGAGAACAUUGGGAACUGGGAGCUUCGGUCGGGUGCAUUUGGUCCAGUCAAGGCAUAAUCAUCGCUUCUAUGCAAUCAAGGUGUUGAAAAAGGCGCAAGUCGUGAAGAUGAAACAGGUGGAACACACCAAUGAUGAGAGGAGGAUGCUUCAAAGAGUGAAGCAUCCGUUUCUCAUAACAUUGUGGGGAACUUUUCAGGAUUCGAAGAACCUGUAUAUGGUCAUGGACUUUGUCGAAGGAGGGGAACUAUUCAGUUUACUUCGCAAGUCACAGCGAUUCCCCAAUCCGGUUGCCAAAUUUUACGCCGCAGAAGUGACAUUGGCUUUGGAAUAUCUGCAUUCUCAGCACAUUAUAUAUCGAGACCUUAAGCCCGAAAAUUUGCUGCUGGACCGGCACGGGCAUUUGAAGAUCACUGAUUUUGGCUUUGCAAAAGAAGUUCCUGAUAUUACGUGGACACUCUGUGGGACACCAGAUUACCUUGCCCCCGAGGUUGUGUCUUCUAAAGGUUAUAAUAAAUCAGUAGACUGGUGGUCUUUAGGCAUUCUUAUAUUUGAAAUGCUUUGCGGCUUCACGCCGUUCUGGGACAGUGGAUCGCCCGUUAAGAUAUACGAGAAUAUUCUCCGUGGGAAGAUUAAAUUCCCCCCUUAUAUGCAUCCAGAUGCAGUCGAUUUGCUCUCACAGCUCAUCACUCCGGAUUUGACAAAACGGCUGGGCAAUCUUCAUGGCGGCCCAGAAGAUGUCAAGACCCACCCUUGGUUCGCUGAGGUGACCUGGGACCGACUUUUGAGGAAGGAUAUCGACGCUCCAUAUGUUCCACCGGUACGAGCUGGCCAGGGAGAUGCCAGCCAAUUUGAUAAAUAUCCCGAAGAGAGCGAAGCAUAUGGCGCACAAGGAGAAGAUCCAUAUUAUAAUCUUUUCACUGAAUUUUGA